AUGGUUUUAGAAGACGAUAUCAUACCCACAUCGGAAACACAUCAGAUAGCAGCUGUCAAUAUUCAACCCAUUACAAAGGCACAAGAGAAGAUCAUAAUUAGAGGUGCUUUAAUUCCAACGAAAGACUCGCCUUUCGACAUGUUUAAAGAAUACACACGUUUUGUGCCCCCGACAACUGCAGGAGUGACGCGGAUUGAUGGCAAUAUAGUUCUUGCACCAGUAAAACCAAUUAUUCAUACUUCUGUACCAUCAUAUGGGGCUGAAAUAAAAUACGGCCACGACCGAAAUUCACAGCAUGCAUUUAAUCCUCUGCCAAGUACUCAAUCUCAGACGUCGAUGACCAGGCAGUAUGCUCCGAUAGCACCUGUACUGUUUACACGACGUAAUACAAUGAGCGCGCUUACACCACGUGCCAUUGAUAAAUUUGAUGAUGUGAAAUUUAAUGAGCAACAAUUUAGAAAGCUAAAUUUUGAAAAUACAGUGCAAUCCAUUCAAAACAUUGAUAAUGAGUCAGAUAUAUCUUACAAUGAUUUGUUUUACAAUGAUGACAAUAAUGAGAGGACUACAAAUAAAUGGCAACAAAGUUCUAAAGAUAACUAUGACUUUCAUAAUCAAAAUCAUGAUGACAAUAAUUUAGAUAAGGGUUUUAAUGCAACAAAAAAAGCUAAUGAGUUAGAUGAAUCUAAAAAAGCCUCAAGUAUCGAACAAUCUAUUAUCAAUUAUGAAGAUAAUGAAUAUGGUGACACUGUAAAUAUUUCAGUUAGCCUUACAGGUGAAAAAAGCAGCACAACCGUUCUUAAAACUAAAAUAUCUAAAGCAAUAGAAAAUGAUCACAAUAAAAGGAAUUCAGUUUGUACCGUCUUGAAAUUAAGACAACUGUCCUUUAGUUCUCCGCUCACUUUACACGAGAUAGUAGCACAGUUAAAACAAUGGGCUGGAGCAAGCCCGGUAGCACAAUGGUUGGACAUAACUAAAGGAAAUUUCACAGUAAUGGAGAAUCCAAUAUAUAUGAUGAUUGUCGAUGACCUAAGUAGCGGCCAAAUCAUUUCCGCUAAGAAAACUGUAAUGAUUGUCGCAGGGCGCGAGUCGUGUCAAGCGUGCGAGGAGUUCGGCAUCAGGUGCACCAUCCAGUCGUGUUACGGCGUCAACCUCGAUCGCAACUUCGAAUAUCAAUGGAUACCUGGUAAAAACAAUAAAUGA